GUUGAGAUCUACAAACGUACAAAGAAAGAAAAGAAAAACAGAGAGAGAAAGAGCAACAACAACAAAGAAUAUGAUACUCGCGGUCGUGUUUGCCAACUCCGUCGGCAACAUCCUAGUUGAACGAUUUAAUGGAGUUCCUGCUGAAGAACGGCUGCAUUGGAGAUCUUUCUUAGUUAAACUGGGAGCAGAUAAUCUUAAAGGUGUUAAAAAUGAAGAGCUCCUUGUUGCUUGCCACAAAUCAGUUUAUAUUGUCUACACAAUACUUGGGGAUGUCAGCAUCUAUGUUGUGGGCAAGGAUGAGUAUGAUGAACUUGCUUUGUCAGAAGUGAUCUUUGUGAUAACCUCAGCUGUUAAGGAUGUAUGUGGGAAGCCUCCAACUGAGCGCCUUUUCCUGGAUAAGUACGGAAGAAUUUGCUUGUGUUUGGAUGAAAUUGUUUGGAAGGGAUAUUUGGAGAACACAGAAAAAGAUAGAAUCAGAAGACUCAUAAGGUUAAAACCUCCAGUAGAGUUCUGAACCAAACGUUUCUUGGUGUAUACAGUCUAUUGAAGACAGUGGUCGUCUGGGCUUGGACAAAUGAUUGUGUCACGUAACAGUACACUGAAAAUUUUCACCUACUAUGUUUUGUUGUGCCUUUUAUGUUGUUAUGAUUAGAUAUGAGAUUUUUUUAUUGUGUUCUUGUGGGAGGGGAGUUGGCUUGAUCAAUAUUUGCCUAGUGAUAGCCUAAUAGGUAAAUGUCAUAAAAUUCUUUACAGACUUACGUAAAUUGUUGAUAUUUUCAGUCUUUUGGUUUUAUGAAUUUGAAAUGCGACUGGUCAUAAGUAAUGGUGAAUUCUACCUUUUGUUGUACUAAAUGGUGGAAAAGUCUUUUGCAAAUUAUUUUUCAA